UUAUGUAGUACAAAGCUGUGCAUGAUUAUCGCAUUUUCAGGGAAAAGGCGACACGGGUCAUUUUUACUAAACUUUCUGAGUUCAUGAAACCCGAGUCAGCUGUUCUAAACCCGGAGCGAAGCGCAUUUUGUGUUUGAACAGGUAAAGGGACACGCCCUGUUCUAUCGAUUUUCCUUCGUGAGGCAAACCAGGAAGAAAGACGCAAAGCAGGGAAAAAAAAACUUUGAGCUUUACAGGCUGUUGACAAUGUGCAAACUGUAAAAGGAGUGUGGCCCAAGAAAGGAAGGGACGUCGCAUGGGUAUUUUGUUUUCAAGAUCCCUAUGAAGUAGUGCAAUCAUGAGACUAACUACAAGAGUCUCCGCCGCCUUGCUGCUGGAGAUACUCGUCUCGCUGGGAUUGCAGAUCGCAGGAUGCCAACAGAUGACCGUGAUCCCCGAGUCGGACGCCAGAAUCCUCAUCGGCUCCCCUCUCCCAUCGCCCGAUUGCAGUGUCUGCCUGUUGGGCAGCGCGGCACCUUCGGAGCGAGCGUGCUCCCCCCGCCAGGCCCUCCGACCGAAGCAGGCCGAGGCGGUGCAUUUCAGCUGCCCUGAGCCACAGAAUUUCUUCACUGUCGAGUUUCAAAAGGAAUUCGAGUGCAGUGAGAUCUCCUGCAGCAGUGAUGGCGCUUGGAUGCAAAGCUCACUCUUCACAGAAUUCAACAGGACCUUCACCUGGCAUGUUAGAAGUCCGAAAGGGAGAACUUUCCAGCUGGAUUUUUCAGGAACUGGGAUGAGGCAGAUCUUGCCUUCUGAGAGCUGCCCUGACCUUCACAAAUACACUGUUCUGGCCCAACUCCCCAGUGGACUGGCACAGAACUGGACAUACUGCAGGACCAGCUCUGAUUCUCAAACAGAAGACUUGAUCCAGGCUAGAGUGUCUCUCCAGCUUCCCUGGAAGCAACUGGUGGAUCUUCCUGCAUUCAAAAUCACUAGCAGGCCUAGGACUAAAAAAAGACGAGAGGUUGCUCUCACACCUGACGCCAGCACCGUCAUCACCAUUAGCAAAUUGCCGUCGAGCUCCAACUGCAGUGUUUGUACUGGGGACAGCCCGAAGACGUGCGCCUCAAAGGCGGAGCUGAAAAGGAGUGUCAACGCGACUGUACGGUUCACCUGUGAAAAUCCUCAGGAUUUCUUCACCGUUGACAUCAACAAAGAAAUUGAAUGCAAUGAGACUUCCUGCAGCAGUGAUGGUUCACAGAUACAGAGUUCGUUCUUCCCAGACUUCAACCGGACCUUCUCUUGGGAUCUUAAAGCCCCGGGGAGCCGAGCUUUCCAGAUGGAUUUCUCUGGAAUUGGGCUACGGCAGAUCUUUCCUUCCGAGAGCUGCCCAGACUUUCACAAGUACACGGUCGUGGCCUACCCUCGGAUUGGACCCACCAGCAUAGGAGUGUUCUGCAGGAAGGGCAUGAUUUCCAGAAUUCAGGUUCUGUACAAAACUAGAGUGUCUCUGCGGGUCCCGGGCAAUACAACCGUGGAGCUUCAUGCCUUCAAGGUUUCCACACUGUCUUCAAUACGAAGACUCGCCAUAAUGGAGGUGGAUCUCCUCCCCAUGUCAGCAGAGAGCUUCCUUUCUCCGAACUACCCCGGCACUUUUCCCGACGACGAUUUAAUGACGUGGAAGUUCAACGUCCCCGCCAAACACAACUCCAGCGUCGGCUUCGUCAACUACACUGAGCCGACCUGCCUGAAGAAGGAGGUGAUGGUGGAGUACCAGAGAGCCCAUUCGAACACCUCCUUCGGGAGGAGGCUGGGGGAUAAACAGACCAUAAGCAGGCCCGGGAACUUCAAUAUGUCACUGCGAAACUGCGAAAUGGAGCAGGCAGGUCCGGGUCUUUCACUAUACUUCCAAGUUGCUGUGACUAGCAGCAGGCAUCCAGUGCUGUGCAUGGUGGACCUGCAGACAGAGAAAGGCCUGGUGGUUAAGAUUGACAAGGUGGGACAGAAUUCAGACUGCGAGAUGAAAACUGACUCGGUUCCUACGCAAAACAUCACCAUGCAGUCUGGAAAUAAAUACAACCUUUCCUUCCUGGACUGUGGAAAGCAAGAUCUCACCCUGACCAUCACCAAAUCCAUAGAAUGCCACGCCUGGAAGGACUGUUCUUCUGUUCAAGGGGUGCUUCUCAGUGUGCCCACACUUGAGUCCUGUCUGCCCGUCUCCCCACAAAGCAUAACCUGGCACCUGAUAGCCCCACAGCACGGAGCUGUGGAACUGACACCAGGCAAGGAAAACCUGAGGCAGUCUCUGCCUGGGCAGGAAUGCAACGGGAACUUCCUUUACAUCAUCACGGAGGAAGAUGGAUCAAACGUGGGGACAUUCUGCCAGCAGGGACCCAUCGAGAAGGUCCAGGUCCAUGCUAAUCUCUCUGUUACCAUGGUAGCCAGUGGCAAGGAUGACCUCAGCAAAGCACUGGAGCCCCCCUUCAAUGUCUCCUUCACAAAAGACCUCCCAGAGACCUAUGUAUUUACCGUCUCCCCCAAAAUUGGGGUUCCAACCCUUCUAGCAACCCCUGACUGGCCCAAAGGGAUGAAGGAGGCGACAACGCUGUCCUGGAUCGUGUCUCUCCCACCCCGAUAUCGCGCGGAUCUGGAAUUCCUCAAUGUCUCCCAGCCACACUGCUACAACAGCCACACGGAGAUCAACGUGCAAUUGCAGGACGCGGAGGAGGAGAUGUUCAGCCGCCGGGAAGACGAGAUGGCUGAUUCCUACCUGAGCGUGCCCGAGAGCUUCUGGUUCAACCUGACCAACUGUCAGCCCGAGUCCCAGGACAGCGUCUUCAGCAUGCAGAGCAAAAUCACACUGCAGAAGAAAAAGCAACCUCUCAUGAGUAUAAUCCUGGGAGCUGUUGGUGUGUUAUUGUUCCUGUCGUUAAUCGUUUUAAUUGUCAUCUGUGUGAUAGUAAGGAAGAAGAAGAAGAAGCAGAAGGAGGGGGUGCAGCAGGUGUCCAUCUACAACCCCAACGGGAACUCGUUCUUCCCCGGGCGCGCCGCGUUCCCCAAGCGAAGGGCGGACAACGAGUCACACAUCUACGCGGCCAUCGAAGACACCAUGGUGUACGGCCACCUCCUCCGAGAGCAAAGCGUGACCUCUCCUCCGGUGGACAUGUACAGGACCUUCAAAGGCCCUGUGGAAGAUGUGCCCCUGGCUGCUGACCUUAAAGACCUGGACCUGCAGGUGGACGUCUACAGACCUUUCAUUAGCCCGGCGAAAGAAGCUCCACCCAGUGCCUCUAAUGCCACUGGCCUGGGAGAUAACCUGUCCUACGUGGACCACCGCAUGGUGGAUAAUGAGCUGUACACCUUCAAGGCCAGCGGAGAUCCCACAUCGCUGCCUCUUCCCGACACGGAAGAGGAGGCGGAGACUCAGAUGGAGAGAGAGCCAUCGAUGUAGUCGGAUCCUUUCCAGCAGGCGUGCCCGGCGCUCUCCCAGGAGGGACCAGGACCACCCCACUUUUUGUUUUCUUAGUCAAAAUGUAUUUGAAGACUCGUUGCUGUGGUUCUCUGGGAAGGUUUCGGAGGUCUGCAACAAGAGUUGAGAAUGUCCAUCGUAUGCCUAUGAGAAUACUUUUUUUUUUUUUUUUUUUAAACGUGGGCUGUUAUGUCCCAGUCAACCCUGCUGUAACACAGGCCAUCUGUUACUGGGGUGUUUAAGCCGGGUUAACACCGGUCUGCCAUGGAGGCUGGCAUUUCUGUGCCCAGGUGAGUUGGGUAUCACCUGCUUGUGUCAAGAAAUGUUACUAAAUUCUGAGCUGAUCCUGAAAAAGAAAAAUCUUGCUUAAAAUUGUUAAAACAACCUUAUCAGAUGGGGUACUCUUAUUUAUUUACUCUUUGGUAUUUAUAGUCAUCUCUCUGUGGCUCUGAAUGUGUAUUUGCCUUCAUGUUUAAUAGAGGUCUUUCUUAGUUGCUUUUGAGAUGAAUCUGCUUUUCAACGGACAGAUUUCCUUCCUAGAAUACAGCUCAGCUAGUCUCUGUGUGGUGAAGAAACUGGUCGGCUUGGAUUUAUUAGCAUUACGACUGUACAGAUGUUGUUUUUAUUUCACUCUUUUUAAAGCUUGGCAGACAUGAUAAUGCACAUAAACAUCUCAUUAUUAAAUUUUCUUACUGUAAUAUAAUCAAAACCGCUUCAUAGUUCACAAAAUGCUUGUUCCUUGGAUCAAGAGUACUUCAUAAUUAUUUUUAAUUAUUUUCAGUAAAGAACUAAGAAAAAUUAAAAUGGAUAAUAUGUGCAUAGAUUUCCUCCUUUUUUCCUUUUCUAGUAAAGUGUGAGUGCAUUGUAUAAAAUGUUUUCAUGUUCUUGAUUUCGAUUCAGACGUGAUUUGAAUGUUGGGAUAGCACUGCUAAGCACAAUGGCAACCAGGAGGUUUGACAGCCUGGCUGUUGGGAAACAGUAAAAGAUUCUGACAAGACAUGCGUCUCCUUCACCCACAGUAUACACUGUUGUAGGAUGGGUAAAGGGAUGGAUAUUGACCAAAGAUAUUUGGUUAAUGUGUAAGAUAAUAAAUAUAACCUUGUGCUUCUCUGGAGCAGGGGCUGUUACCUGGAUUUUAAAGACCUGCAUGUUUCUCCAUGAACUCCCCACGUAGGGACACGAAAUAUGUGUUUUAAGGUGUCGUAUUUAAGAAGUUCUCCUCUGACGUUAUUAUUCCAGUGCAGCAGGGCUCAGGGGAACAGGCCGUGAGGGUUUGUAAGCCCCACGAUCCUUAAACUCUCAAAGGGAGCCUGUGAAAUCAAUUCAGGGACCUCAGACCGUGGUCUGAGAGUGCAUCUUGUCCUUUGCCAUUAAAUCUUUUUUUUUUUUUUAAUCUGUCCAGGUGAGACUUUUGUCAAAUUCCAAUUUAAACAUUUUUUAUUUUUAGGCGAUACAGGUGUGGCCUGCAGGUCUCAAGUCAGCGGCCUUCCCAUUCUUUUAAUAGCGGCGAAAGGCUGAAGCCCUUAAGCUGAGGAGGUCAGUCAGGAGAGGGUUGUCGUUGGCGUCCACAAUCCACGAGAGUUAAAGAAGGGGUCAGCUGUCCAGCAGAGAAGGAUUGACUCUUUUAGCAACUGCUGUGCUAGACAAUAGCUGGACUGCCAGAGCAAAUUCAAGUUGAUGUCAAUGGGUUAUUGUGUGUGUUCGGUUUUACAGAUUUAUGUCCUUUUUGUGUGCCUUCGUAAGCUUUUAUAUCAUUCUGUCAACAGCAGUGAGCAGCUGUGAAAGCCUUACAGGUAAACAAAACUUGGGAUCACCUGCCUCCGUUUGGAAUACAACCUUAGCCGAAUGCCUGUGUCUCUAUGUUGGAAGCAGGGAAAGCUGGGAUCAUGUAAUAUCUGUAUCAGUUUUCUCAUCACUGUAAUGACAAAGAUUGCACAAUUGUUUCCUAAUGUCUUGGCUUUAACAGUUUUAAAUGGCUGUUCUUUAAAUGUUUUGGAAACAGUUCUUGAUUCUUUGUUGUUAAUCUACGCAUUGUGCUCCAAGACUGUUUGGGAUUAACAGAAGUGGUAUCUUGAAAACACAUGGUGUUGAUGGGAUUUCACAUUUUUUCUGUGUAAAUAUAUUUCCUCCAUGUGUUUUUUUUCCCGUUUGUCUUUCAGAUUUUUUUCAGAGAGAGCUCUCUGUAAUGGAUAUAAAAAUGUAAUUUAGAGCAGUCCCUUUUUAUUUUCAUAAAGUAUGCUGCUUUAACUUAUUCUACAUGCAUUGUUUUUACAUAUCUGGAUAAAUAAAUGAAUCUAUAACAAAUAUGAAAGAUGCUGUGUGAAACUAGUGUCAAACAGAGCAGUUUGGUAACCAUCGCACAUCGAAGUUGUAAAACUUCUUGCACAGUUGUAUACUUAGCACACGCUGUAG